ACGGGCCGCGGACAGUCCUUCCCACCCCCCAGCCCCACCCCGGGCUGCCAGCUGGCCGCGUCCUUCGCCCCAGUCAUUCUUCGCUGUCCCAGCCAUGGCCUCCCGCCUCCUCCGUGGGUCCCUGCGCUUAUGGGGCGGCCGGUGCGCUCCGUGCCCGCCGCGGUCCGCGAGAUGUUCUCAUUCCGGAGGGGAGCAUCGUCUAGAAACUUCUUCUGCUAAAAAAUUAACAGAUAUAGGAAUUAGAAGAAUCUUCUCUUCAGAUCAUGACAUUUUCCGGGAAAGUGUAAGGAAGUUUUUUCAAGAAGAAGUGGUUCCUCAUCACACAGAAUGGGAGAAAGCUGGAGAAGUGAGUAGGGAGCUUUGGGAAAAAGCCGGAAAACAAGGACUGCUCGGGGUCAACAUAGCGGAGCAACAUGGCGGCAUUGGUGGGGACUUGUACUCCGCAGCUGUGGUUUGGGAGGAGCAAGCAUAUUCGAAUUGUACAGGCCCAGGUUUCAGUCUUCAUUCAGAUAUCGUCAUGCCCUAUAUUGCAAACUAUGGCACAGAAGAACAGAUUAAGAACUUCAUUCCCCGGAUGACUGCAGGGAAAUGUAUUGGUGCCAUAGCAAUGACAGAGCCUGGGGCUGGAAGUGACUUGCAAGGAGUAAGAACACAUGCCAAAAAGGAUGGAAGUGACUGGAUUCUUAAUGGCAGCAAGGUGUUCAUUACCAAUGGGUGGCUAAGUGACGUCGUGAUAGUAGUGGCAGUCACAAAUCGUGAAGCUCGCUCCCCUGCCCAUGGCAUUAGCCUUUUUCUGGUGGAAGAUGGAAUGAAAGGAUUUAUCAAGGGACGAAAGCUACAUAAAAUGGGAAUGAAAGCCCAGGACACUGCAGAAUUAUUCUUUGAAGACGUACGGUUGCCAGCUAGCGCCCUGCUUGGAGAAGAGAAUAAAGGCUUCUAUUACCUCAUGCAAGAGCUUCCACAGGAAAGGCUUUUGAUUGCCGAGAUAGCAGUUUCAGCCAGUGAAUUCAUGUUUGAAGAAACCAGGGACUACGUUAAACAAAGAAAAGCUUUUGGGAAAACAGUUGCACAUAUACAGACGGUGCAGCAUAAACUAGCAGAAUUAAAAACACACAUUUGUGUGACCAGAGCAUUCGUGGACAGCUGUAUCCAGCUGCAUGAAGCAAAGCGUCUGGACUCUGCCUCGGCUUCCAUGGCGAAAUACUGGGCAUCUGAGUUACAGAACAGUGUGGCUUAUGACUGCGUGCAGCUCCAUGGCGGUUGGGGAUACAUGUGGGAGUACCCAAUUGCAAAAGCUUACGUGGAUGCCCGAGUUCAGCCAAUCUAUGGUGGUACCAAUGAAAUAAUGAAAGAGCUGAUUGCAAGAGACAUCGUCCGAGACAAAUAGACAUCUGCCCACAUCCUGGAAUCCUAUUACAACUAAUCUGGUUUUAAAUCUACUCAAGAUAAAACACAACCUGGACAGGGUGGAAAUACUAAACAUGUCUUCAUAUGCUGUUUUAUAGAAAAAAAGUCAAAUGCAAAUAUAAGAUUAACACAAAGAAAGAAGAAAUAUUUGAAUCCAAAGAUUCUAAAAUUCUUCAACAUAAGGUUUAACUUUUAUAAUUUUUUACAUAGCUAAAAGGUGAAGAUUUUUCUGAUUCUAGAAGCCUUAGUGCCUCACUUUCCCCUAAAAUUCUAAUAAAGCAUAAUUGCUUAAAUCUUUAAAAUUGAGGCAGAAGUAAUUUUGUUAUUAUACUACAAAAACAUUAAUAGUACUUACAGCACAUUUACUUUAAAAGGGAAAAAAUAUAAUUUAGAAUUGUAAAUAAUUUCAACUAUUUUUUGGUCCAAAUUUCCUAGAACAGUAGAAUUCUACCACCUACCCCAAGAUCCUGUUUUUAAGUAAUGGAACCCGUUCUUCAAACAAAAGCUCAUGCAGAGUCCCUGUAAAAUGCUGAUAAAUGAAGAGCUGCUCUAGUUGAAUCAGGAAGCCUUCUUAGGACUCAGCUAAGCCUUUGCCUAACCCCGUUGGAGAAUGCUGUCUGUUCUCAUCUGCUGACACCUGGGCUUGCAACAGAAUUCCAGCCCAGUUUUGUAGGAGGACACAGAAGAAUCCAUCAUCCUUUAGAUUUAAGCUAUUGGUACAUUUUAUCAGUAUCAAAACAGUGACUUUUAUUUUGGAAGAGUGUGCUUUUUAAGUUAAUUUAAUGAGUACUUCAUGUCUCUUAUAUGCCAGGCUGUUAAAAAUAUGAUGACAAAUAAAACUGGCAUGACUCCUACUAAUAAAUAAAUGAAGAAACAAGUUAUAAUAAAUAAUGUAAGAAGUAAAUAAAUAAGAUAAUUUCAAAUCAUAAAUGCAGUAAGAGAAAUAAAGUAAACAUUUAAAAUAGGAAAGGGAGGAAACAACAUUUGACUUGAGACAUAAAAGUAAUUCUUAUAAAAAAAUAAGCCAUUAAUUUAAUUUGUAAACUGUUAGCAUCAUUUCAGUACUUGUUUUUCUUUGCAUAUACUGGUGAAACCGUGAAUAAAGUAGUUUGUAAAUGGAAACAAA